UUUCAGCAAUUCUUAGAGCUGCUGAAAAGCAUGACUUCCUCUUCUGUUGUUGACAAACCUCCGGUAAGACGGGUUGCUAUCUUCGGGGGAACUCAUGGCAAUGAGUUAUCAGGGGUAUUUUUGGUCAAGCACUGGCAAGAGCAUGGAGCUGAGAUUCAGAGAACAGGGAUGGAAGUGAAACCAUUUCUUACCAACCCAAGAGCUGUGAAGAAGUGUACUAGAUACAUUGACUGUGAUAUGAACCGUGUUUUUGACCCUGAUAAUCUUGGAAGGACAGUGGUGGAAGAUAUUCCAUAUGAAGUGAGAAGGGCUCAGGAAAUCAAUCAGAUAUUUGGUCCAAAGGGUAGUGAUGAUGCGUAUGACCUUAUUUUUGACCUUCACAACACCACUUCUAACAUGGGUGGUACCCUUAUUCUUGAAAACUCCAGGGAUGACUUUACAAUUCAAAUGUUUCAUUAUAUCAAGAACGCUGUGGCUCCAGAACGCUGUCCUGUUUUGCUGAUUGAACAUCCUAGCUUGAAAUAUGCAACAACUCGAUCUGUAGCAAAACAUCCUGUUGGUGUGGAGGUCGGUCCUCAGCCACAAGGUGUUGUUAGAGCUGAUACUUUGGACAAAAUGAGGAAGAUUGUCAAACACGGCCUUGAUUUUGUGCAACUUUUUAAUGAAGGAAAGGAGUUUCCACCGUGUACAAUUGAGGUUUUUAAAAUAAUGGAGAAAGUAGAUUAUCCCAGGAAUAAGAAUGAUGAAGUUACUGCUAUUAUUCACCCUAAACUGCAGGAUCAAGACUGGCAGCCACUGAACAACGGUGAUCCUCUAUUUUUGACUCUUGAUGGAGAAGUAAUUGCAUAUAAAGGGGACUGUACAGUCUAUCCAACAUUUAUUAAUGAAGCCGCUUAUUAUGAAAAGAAACAAGCCUUUGUAAAAACAGUAAAAAUGAAACUCACUGCAAAACACAUCAGAUCCUCCUCUUAGACCAGAACACUUCUUAAAAACUUACUACAGAUUUUCCACACAAAAAGUGGAUUUCUUCUCCGAGAAAUCCAGUGUCAUUCAGUAGUAAUUCA